AUGCAUUUGGCCUUUCCUCAAAAGAAUUUCAAGCCCAAAGCGGGAGGGAUUUCGAUAUUUGCAAAGCUCCAAAGAAAUAAGAAGUUUAUUUCAAUUAUAAUAUUCCUCUUCACCCUCUAUUACUUAUUAUUCCGCGAGAGUUCAUCUGCUUUCUUCAAUUUGGAUUCAAGAAAAUUACCAGAAGCUCACGGGUUAUACAAUGACGAAACAUUGACCACAAGAACCCUCAUUUUCCCACCAGUUGAACACGCUCCAUUAUUGAAACAACUUGGUGUUAGCUUGUUAUUCCCAGUCGCCCAUAAUGGAAUUGACAAAAAAGCUAUCUACGAUCAAGCUCCAGCUCUCGAGGAAACUGCAAAGGACACCCUCGAAGAUCAAACCAGAAACGUCAGAGAAGCAUUCAAGAACACUGGUAAAUUGGUUUUCGACCACAAAAAUAGAAAAUCUCCAGAAGUGGUCAUUGUGACUGAUAUUGAUUUUGAAAAAUAUGAAUUGAAUCAUCUCACGAAAAUUGUGCAAAACAGAGUUGAUUAUGCCCAAGCAAGACACUAUGGUAUCUACGUUAGAUGGACUCAAGAAUUUUUCCCAAGUGUCAGCGAAGAUAAAAAUGAUAAUAGCUGGGUCAGACUUCUCAUAUUGAGAGCCGCCAUGCACGCCUUCCCAGAGUCCAAAUACUUUUGGUAUCUUAAUCAAGAUGGUGUUAUUGUGAAUUAUGACGCCGAUAUCAUUCAAACAUUAUUGACUCCAGAAAAAUUGAACCCAUUAUUAUUGAAAGACCGUCCAGUUGUUCCUCCAAGUGGUGCCAUACAUACUUACAAAAAUACCAAGCCGGAAAAUGUCAAGUUCUUGAUCACCCAAGAUGAAAGAGGUCUUAACACUAACUCUUUCAUCAUGGUUAAUGAUUUAUAUGGAAGAGCUUUGUUGGAAUUCUGGUCUGACAAAUUAUACAGAAACUAUAAUAAUUUCCCACUCAAAGAGGCCAGCGCUUUGAUGCAUAUUUUACAGUGGCACCCAGUUAUCCUAUCGAGAACUGGGUUAAUACCCGCUAGAACAAUUGCUUCAUCCCAUAGUGUGGUUGAGAAUACCGAUGAAAACAAUGAUAUCUUUUAUAAGAAGGGUGAUUUGGCUGUUAUCUUGAAAGACUGUCAAAUUAGAAAAUCCUGUGAAACCGAGUUUGAUACGUAUUGGAGCAAGUUGCAUAAGUGA